AUGUUCCGCGCCGCCGCCCUCUCCGCCUUCAUCUACCUCGCCACCGUCGCUGCCCAGCAGGCCGGCACCUCCACCACUGAGACCCACCCUCCCCUCCAGUGGUCCCAGUGCACGUCUUCGGGCUGCACCACCGUCCAGGGUUCCGUUGUCCUCGACGCCAACUGGCGCUGGGUCCACAACGUCGGCGGCUACACCAACUGCUACACCGGCAACACGUGGGACGCCACCUACUGCCCUGAUGGCGCCACUUGCGCUAAGAACUGUGCUCUCGACGGUGCUGACUACUCUGGCACCUACGGUGUCACCACCUCCGGCAACGCGCUCAAGCUCAACUUCGUCACCGGCAGCAACGUCGGCUCCCGUCUCUACCUCCUGAAGGACGCGUCCACCUACCAGACCUUCAACCUCCUCAACCAGGAGUUCACUUUCGACGUCGACCUUUCGACCCUCCCCUGCGGUCUCAACGGCGCUCUCUACUUCUCCGCUAUGGACGCCACGGGUAACAUGGGUGUCGGCAACAACGCUGCGGGUGCCAAGUACGGUACCGGUUACUGUGACUCCCAGUGCCCCAAAGACAUCAAGUUCAUCAACGGUGUUGCCAACAGCCAGGGCUGGAACGGUACCUCCGCCAACUCUGGCACUGGCACCACUGGUGCCUGCUGCUCGGAGAUGGACAUCUGGGAGGCCAACAAGAUGUCUGCGGCCUACACUCCCCACCCGUGCACUGGCACUAGUCUCACCGCGUGCACCGGAAGCCAGUGCACUUCGACCUGCGACCAGGCUGGAUGCGACUUCAACUCCUACCGCAUGGGUGCCAAGAGCUUCUACGGCCCCGGCAUGACCGUCGACACUACCAAGAAGAUUACCGUUGUCACUCAGUUCAUCACCACCGACGGUACCGCCAACGGCGACCUCUCUGAGAUCCGCCGCUUCUACGUCCAGAACGGCGUUGUCAUCCCCAACUCGCAGUCGACCGUCUCUGGCGUCUCCGGCAACUCGCUCACCACCGACUUCUGCUCGGCACAGAAGACCGCGUUCGGCGACACCAACACCUUCCAGCAGCUCGGUGGCCUCAAGCAGAUGGGCGCCGCCUUCAAGAAGGGCAUGGUCCUCGUUCUCUCCAUCUGGGACGACUACGCGGUGAACAUGCUCUGGCUCGACUCCGACUACCCCACCAACAAGGACGCAUCCUCGCCCGGUGUCGCCCGCGGUACCUGCGCGACCACCUCUGGUGCCCCCGCCGACGUCGAGGCCAACGGCGCCUCAGUCUCGGUCACCUACUCGAACAUCAAGGUCGGCACCCUCAACUCGACCUUCACCGGCUCCGGCUCGACGUCGUCAUCCUCGACGGUGUCCACGUCGUCGACUUCGACAUCGUCCACCACGUCCCCCACCGGCGGCACCGUGGCGAAGUACGGCCAAUGCGGCGGCACGGGCUACACCGGGCCGACCGCGUGCGUGUCGGGCUCGACCUGCACCGUCCUCAACCCCUACUUCUACCAGUGCCUCUAA